AGCCCCCAAGCCCGACAGCCUCCUCUUGAAAAACCAGUGAGAAAGCUUGGUUUUUCCCUUCUUCUCUUGUCCAAGAACAAGAUUUAGGAGCUUAGAAACCCUCCCUAAAGCAAGGAAUUCCAGAUCUGCUCGGUUUCUCCCCCUCCCUUGUCCGUGAGCUGCAGCUGGUGAUGCGAAAUUCUGGGCUUUUUUCGGUAAGAACAGCCAUGAUUUCAUCCUUUUAGCUUUGAUUUAAGUUGGAUUACUCUAAGUUCCUCUUGUUCCUUCAAUUUUGGGCGGUUCCCGUGAGUCCCCUGCAGCUUGCCGCCGGCUUCUUCUCCCCCGCCAGGUCCGGUUCUGCUGGCUGGAAAAUUUUGGUUCUUGAUCGUUCUGUCAGUUUAGCACUGAGAUCGAGUCUUCGGUUUUAUGUGAGUGAGAAAGCGAAACCGAGAACGAGGAAACCACGGGAAGUGACGAGUUAGAAGGCUAGCCAUUUCAAAAUUGAUAUAGAUUUUAGAUAUAAAUCAUGAUCUUGUAAACUAGCGUGUAUUUGGAGAUUUUAUGAUAUCAGAGCAAAUUUUAAGAUUUUAUCUUCAGAUUUUAAGAUUUUAUCUUCAGAUUUUGUGCAAUACAGUAAGAAACUUUGAAGGGGAAUCUUCUAAUAUGGAAUUUGUUAGAAAUGAGGUUGAUGCAUUAUACCAUGAAAUGGUAGCUGAUGCAAUGGGUGCACAGUCUGAAUACAAUGAGGGGCCAAUGGCUGAGGAGCCAAAUAGUAAGGCAAGAGAAUCUUAUGAUCUCUUGCAUGCUGCAAAAGUUCAUAUAGUGUGUGGAGAAUCCCAUUAUGAGCCGAGGAAUAUGUCUACUAUAAGGCAAAAAGAUAUUCCAAGGAAAUCUUUGUGGUACCUUCCAAUUACCCCAAGAUUGCAGCGACUAUAUAUGUCUAGGAAAACAGCAAAGCACAUGACAUGGCAUUUGAAAUGCUGUGAGGAUGUAGAUGAAGUUAUUCAUCUUGCGAGUAGUGAGGCAUGGAAACAGUUUGAUAAAACCCACCCAACAUUUGUUGAUGAACCUAGAAAUGUUAGACUUGGCCUUUGUACAGAUGGUUUCAAUCCAUUUGGUUGCUCUACAAUACCUUCCUCUUGUUGGCCUAUUUUUCUUACAAUGUACAACCUUCCUCCUGAAUUGUGUAUGAAGUUAGAGCAUAUAUUUCUUGCCAUGAUAAUUGCUAAACCUAAAAGUCUUGGAAAAAACAUUGAUGUCAUGCUUAUGCCAUUAAUUGAUGAACUUAAGGAAUUGUGGACAAAUGGGGUUGAAACUUAUGAUAGUUUCAGAUUUGAAUUAGAAUUGAUACCUCAAGAUGAUGGAACAACUAUAAAACCCAAUGCUACAUAUGUUCUUACUCGAGAGCAACAAAGCUCUUAUCUAUUAGUGGCUGAAGAAAUUGAGAUUCCCAGAUGGCGUCUCUUGCCAAUUGCUUUCUGUGAUUUCCUCACAGAUGAAGUUUGGGGUCCCUUAACUAAGAUUAGUAACUUUUUUAGAGCUUUAACUGCUCUAAUUAUUCAAGUUAGUAACAUGAAGAUGUGGGAGGAAAAAUUUGUUGAGACCAUUUGCAAGCUAGAGAAAGUAUUCCCGCCAGCAUUCUUUGACUCGAUGGAGCAUUUGGCUAUUCAUCUACCAUAUGAGGUAAAAGUUGGAGGACUUGUCCAAUUUCAUUGGAUGUAUUCUUUUGAAAGAUUGUUUACUCCAACUUCUUCAUGUAGGCUUUUUGAUUAUCCAGUACAUUCCGAUCUAUCAGACGAUCAAAUUCAAAUCAAACGGCAACUUGAAUUUAUUCCUUGGUUUAAGACAACGGUGCAUAGUGGAAGAUAUAAGGUUGAUUCUCGCCUUUUGCCUUUAGUAACUGGCCCAGUCAAUAACGUUAGGGCAUACAAUGGCAUUGUGGUCCAUCCGACAUCUGGUAUAGUUGACAUAAAUCCUCGGUUUAAAUUACAAACAUAUGAACCAUUCAUAUUGGCCAGUCAAGCUCAACAAGUGUUUUAUGCCCGUUACCCAUCUCAAAAUCCUUGUAGAAAAGGGUGGUUUGCUGCAUGUAAGAUUAGAGGAAAAGCAAUAAUUGACACUUCAUCGUUGAGUGAUGGUGGAAAUGUUUAUUAUCAAGAUGAUGAUCCUCCUAUGCCACAAUUGGUGCAACCCUCGACUAUUUUAAAUGAUCAUGUUUCACUAGCAUCUCAAGGGGGAGAACAAGUGGUGAUUAGUGAGGUCAUGCAAUUGCCAUAUGUGGCAGAGGAAGAAUGUGUGGGUGAGGAUGAUGAUGAAGAGGAAGAGUUUGAUGGAACGGAAACAUCGAAAGAAGAAGUUCCAAAUUACUUAACCGAGAAUAUUAGACGAGAUACGCGAGAUGCAUCUUCUAGACAACAAGUUGAUCCAGAGGGAGAACCACAGAGGCCACUUCGUCGUCUUAUUCGGGGGCCUCGUAAGGAGCAACCCACAGUUACUCAGCCACCAUUGGACGAUGACCAGUACACUGGUGAUGAUGCAACAAUGGAGGAGGACACUGAAGAGCGUAAUUUGGAGGCUGAGUUGGAUGGACGUGGCACGGAUAAAGGAUAUGACGCUCCUACAGACCCGAGUCAAAGGAGGAUGCUUAGCCUUAAUCACUGAGGCACAUUUAGCCAUGAGAGGUUUGGGAAGACUGCCAUAGUAAUAUGAAAGUACUUGUAUGAUAAGCCAGUGCUUUUUUGGUCUAGCUGGCCUAAGGAAAAGAAGAGGGUUGCUUGGGAGAAUUUCCAAGUAUGAAAAUUAUAGAAUAAAAUGAAGUAUUUUUU